AUUUUAUUUUAUCAAAAAAAAAUGUCAUAUUCUAAGGCUUGUUGCUCUAUCCCACCUGUUGUCUCUGAUUAUCAACACACAGGUGAAAUGGAAACUUAUGAUGGACUCGAUAUUUAUACUGUCGGUCCUAAGGAUGCAAAGAACGCGGUCUUAGUUAUCUAUGAUGUCUUUGGUUAUCAUCCUAAUGCUUAUCAAUUCUGUGAUAUUUUAGCCAAGAAUUGUGGCUGGAAGGUUAUUAUGCCAGAUAUCCUUCAUGGUGAUUAUGCUACUAUGGAACUUUUGAAACAAUUCGAUAAAUUCAUGGUAUGGCUUAAUAAAGUGGGCACUUAUGAAGCUGUCCAUCCUGAUAUUGAACGUUCUGUUAGAUAUCUUAAAGAAAGUGGCGUCACAGCUGCUACUUUGGUUGGUUUCUGUUGGGGAGCAAAGAUUGCUGUUCAAUUGACCUCUGAGAUGCCCUUCUUUAUUGGUGCUUCCUUGAUUCAUCCUUCCUUUGUUGAUGUGAAGGAUGCUGAAAAAGCGGGUGCACCUAUCCUUGCUUUACCUACCUCAGAUGAGCCUGAUAUGACUGAAUACAUGGAGGUCUUGUAUAAGAAACCCUUUGGUAGUCAAUGUAAGCACCAUCGUUUCAAUGAUAUGCAUCAUGGUUUCUGUGCUGCUCGUGGUGAUUAUACAAAUGAACUUAAUGCUCAAAGAGCAAAUGAAGCUAUUCAAUACACCGUUAACUUCUUUACUGACUGCUUCAAAUCUGUUCAACCUUCUUUGUAAAAUAAUAAAUGAUCCUCUUUCUUUUUUUUUUUUU